GUGUUUGUGAAGUCUUUUGUUUCUCCGCCAUAUCCAGUUAUCUAGGGUUUCGAAUUUCAUUGCUCUCAAAACUCCAAAACCUCCGAAUGGAGACCUCUCUCAGAUACGGUGGAGAUUCCAAAGCUCUCAGAAUCCACGCCAAGCAGAAGUUACCUCUCGAUUCCAAAACCCGUUUGCAGGUUCAUGGAGAGCUAGACACUAGAGUUGGAGCUCCAACUUAUUUUACUGCUCUUGUUAGGCGCUUCUACCCAGAUUUUUACACUAGCAUUGGAGCUGGAUUGCAUUAUGAUAAGCGUGAUAAGCUUCGCUACACUCUCCGCGGGAAGAAGGCAUUCCCUGUGACGACGGAUGGCCUGUUGAGCUUUAGUGUUAAGGGAAAAUAUGAUCUUGACAAAGAUUUUAGAGAGAGAGGAUCCAAAGGAGCAGCUGAAUUGUCCUGGUGCAUUUUAAACUUUCAGAAGGACCAAGAUGUCAGGUUUAAAGUUGGGUAUGACUUGAUUGAAAAGGUUCCAUAUGCUCAGAUCAGGGAAAACAAUUGGACACUCAAUGCUGAUUUUAAUGGUAGAUGGAAUGUGAGAUUUGACUUGUGAGAAGCGAAAGUUAGAAUGCUUUUUUUGGAGGUGACAUUUGUUUCUGCAAAACAUGUUGUAUUCUAUUUGCUUGUAGUGAGAGUCACUUUGAUGAAAUUUAUUAGUGAAAAAUGAAAUUGCCAUAUUAGCUGGCCAUUAUUGA